AUGGGUGCAACCGCGUUGUCGACGGGCCAUGACGGCGACGAGAGAGCUCUCGUAGCUUUCAAGGAAAAGAUUUCCGACCAUUCCGGGGUGCUGGCCUCCUGGAACCGGAGCAUCGGCCACUGCGCCUGGGAGGGUGUCACGUGCAGCGAGAGUCACAGGUCGAGGGUGGUCGCUCUGGACCUCCACUCCCAGGGGCUCUCCGGCACCAUCUCCCCUGCUAUCGGCAACCUCACGUUCCUCCGGACGCUCAACUUGAGCUUCAACCCCUUGUACGGCGAGAUCCCUCCCAGCAUCGGCUCCCUGCGACGCCUUGAGUACCUUGGCUUGCAAGGGAACAUGAUCACAGGUACAAUUCCAAGCAACAUCAGCCGCUGCACCAGCCUCUGGAGGAUGACCAUUGCUGACAACAAGGGGUUGCAAGGAAGCAUACCUUCUGAGAUUGGCCACAUGCAGUCCCUGGGUGUUGUACAGCUAUACAACAACAGCCUCACCGGGGUCAUCCCGUCGUCACUCGGGAACCUAUCCCAGGUGGUUAUCUUGUCCCUGGCAGCUAACCAUCUCGAGGGAUCAAUUCCCGAGGGCAUCGGGAACAAUCCGCGUCUCAGGUUCCUUCAGCUGGCCUUGAAUAACCUCUCAGAUUUGCUACCUCUUUCGCUGUACAACCAGUCAUCUCUCUUCGGAUUCUAUGUGACGGACAACAACCUGCACGGCCGUCUACCAGCCGACCUGGGAAGAAGCCUUCCAAACAUGCAACUGUUUGGAUUUGGGAACAACCAAUUCACUGGAGUCGUGCCCCCAUCAUUAACUAAUAUGUCCACACUCCAGGUGUUUGAUGUUCCAAAUAACGGAUUUAGUGGAGUUGUCCCUUCGUCAUUGGGCAGAUUGCAGCUGCAGCUGAUGAAUAUAGAACAGAACAGGUUCUCAGGGCAAUUGCCAACCUCAUUGUCUAACUUGUCCACCAACAUCCAGGAGCUAGAUAUUUUUAAUAACAAUAUAUCUGGCACUAUCCCAUCAGAUAUCGGAAAUUUGGUAGGUCUGGAGGUGCUCGUUCUUGGUGUCAACUUGCUCACUGGGAUCAUUCCUGAGAGCAUAGGAAAGCUUACACAAUUGCAGGAGCUAUAUCUGGGUUCCAACAACUUACAAGGAUCUAUCCCCUCUUCCAUCGGAAACCUCACAUAUCUGUCAAAGCUUGGUGCAGGCUUCAACAGCUUGGAGGGACUGAUUCCAUCAAGCAUUGGUAAAUUGACCAAACUUUCACAGUUGGACCUAUCGAGAAACCAUCUUACUGGCUCAAUUCCGAACGAAAUCAUGCAACUGCCAUCAAUCUCAAUAUCUUUGUCUUUGGCUCAUAACUUGUUGGAGGGACCUCUUCCUUCAGAAAUUGGCAAUUUGGUAAAUCUCAGACGGCUCCAUCUAUCAGGAAACCAAUUGUCUGGUAAUAUACCUGCUAGUAUUGGUGGCUGCAUAGUCCUGGAAACCCUCUUGAUGGAUGGCAAUUCAUUACAAGGAAACAUCCCUCCCAGUUUGAAGAACAUAAAAGGGCUUACUGUACUGAACUUGACGAACAACAAACUGAACGGCAGCAUCCCAGGAGACCUGAGCAAUAUUACCGGCUUACAGGAAUUGUAUCUUGCACAUAAUGAUCUAUCAGGAUCAAUCCCUGAACUCCUAGGUUAUUCAACAUCAUUGUUCCACCUCGACCUAUCAUUCAACAAUUUAGAAGGUGAAGUACCAAAGGGAGGAGUUUUCGGGAAUUUAACAGGACUAUCAAUUGUUGGAAACAAUGAAUUAUGUGGUGGAAUACCACAGCUUCAACUGCCAAAAUGUCCAACCUCCAAAGAAGGCUUGCCCAAGUCUCUGAGAAUAGCACUCCCUACAGCAGGAGAAAAUUUAAGGCAGGGUUGA